UUGAGUCCUUUCUCAUUUUAGAUGGUCUAAUGUUUAUCUCCGUUUUUCUGAUUUCUAAAUUUCACGUCCCCCGAGCUAAUUGAGUGACAAUGCCAUCCGUUAUCUGCGUUUACAGAAACGUGAUUGUUUUCAUGUAAACUAAUUUUCUUGCUCUGAGUCUGGAGCCCCGUUUUACCGAACCACAAGCUAGAUUGGAAUUAGGUUUUGAGAAUGAAUUUUAGCAGUUUGGUGUGGACGGUCAGUGUGGAUUAGUUGUGGAAGAUGAUCGAUCCAGAGCAGCAUGCUCUUCUAUGCUAAGAACAUGGAGGUGAAGAUUAUGGCCUUAGAUGGUGGUUAGAUUUAGUGACAAAUGAUAAAUGUAGCUGAUUCCAAUAGCUGAUGGCUGAACUCAGAGCAAGUGUGUUUGAGGCAAUUGAAGAGGAGGAUCGGGUAAUUGAACAAGAAGAAUGUUUGCCUCCUGCAUUACUUGGUAGCUGCAAUGAUCGUGCAAAACAACUUCAUUCGUCUCCAUCAGGAAGGCUACUUACUGCUCUUAUAUGUGAAUACUUAGACUGGUCGCAACUAAAUCACACACUAAAAGUUUAUUUGCCAGAGUGUAAUUUGCAAAAGGAUUCUUGGAAAACUGAUUUGCAAGAAUUUAGCAGCAAGAAUGGAUAUGAUCUCAACAGAAAUGGUGAUAGUGGUCCGUUGCUUUUGGAUGUGCUUGAAGGAUUCUUGAAGUUUGAGAAUCUAUCUCAAGCAAGGGGUAAUGGAAGGAGAAUAACUACUCCAGAAGCUGAGUCCUUAUCCAAUUUAGAGUCCAGGAACAAACGGAGGCCUUCUUCAUCAUCUGUUGCUGGGGGCCUACCUCCACUGGGAAGGCCUAUUCCUGCUUCCCAGGCAUCUGAUCGUAGAGGAGGUUCCUCGAUGUCUGGUUACAGGAGGGAUGACUAUAAUUGGAGAUAUGACAGUGAUGAGCUCCCUGAGGAUGUAAUUCGAGCUUCAGCUGCCUUGGAGAACCUUCAGUUGGAUAGAAAGGCUCGAAAUCUUACUACAUCUUGGCGGCAUGCUGGGGAUGGAAUCAGUGAGGAUGAUGGCCGGGCAGACCAUAUGUAGCUGAGUGACACGCUUCAUAUGACUGCACCUGUAUCUUACUGUGUUUUUAUAUUUCAACCUUCAAUGAAGACCAUUGAAUGAGGAUAGUGGUGUCAUGUAAGAUUAUUUGUUUUGUGAUGUGAUUUAGUGCUUUGAUGGAGCUUUUUGUAUGUGAAACUCAUGUUAGUAACUUUGCCUUGUGUAGAAUCUUAGGUGGUGUCGUGUACAAAUGCAAAGAUUUAGUGGGGAAUUAUCCAAACUAGAAUAUCUAGUGACUUGUAGUCAGCUGAGACAACUGACCUGAAGACCUUUUACUUUUUGGUUAGAACAUGCAUCUCAAGUUCGGCCUCGUUUCA